GUUGGCGAUGUUCACUCCUUCGGCCUUUAAAAACAUCACCUGGAAGACUUACAUGGUGUACGGCUCGUUUUGUGGAGCCAUGUUUGUGCAUGUGUUCUUUUUUUUCCCUGAGACAAAAGGAAAAAGAUUGGAAGAGAUUGGCCAGAUGUGGGAUGAGAAGGUUCCGGCCUGGAGAUCCAACAAAUGGGAGCCUUCGAUUCCAGUGUUGGGAAGCCACUUUGACGAUGAGAAGGAGCAUGUGGAACACGUGGAAGGGUCGGAUUCCUCAUAUAAGGAGCAGUAAGAAAUAUUUUGUGUUUGGUUUUAUCGGCUGUGAAAUAGUCAUUUUCUCUUGUUGAGAGGUUUUGCAUUUUGAAUUUAGCACACGUUGGUGUGCUUGUUGAGACAGAUAAAUAGGGUAUUAUAGAGAUGAGUAAUGAUGUAAUAUAAGUCACGUGAAGAAACCCGUUUCAAGGCUAGAGGUAGUCACUGGUCAUAUGAUGGUGGUUAUGUCUUUUUCCUUGG